UCCGCCUCCGCCGCCCCCCCCCCCCCAAUCCUCUCUCGCGUCGACCGCCCCGCACCCCCCGAAAGAAGCGGAAAUUACAGACGAGUCCACAAACGCACGGAUCGAUCCCCAAUCGCGCCGCGGAAUCACGGCCGGAUCGAAGACACAGCCGCGAUGGGCAUCUCCAGCAUGCCGGCGCCCAAGGAGAGCCUCCUGAUCUACCUGCUCUUCAACGCGGUGGUCUCGAUCGCCGCCCUGGCAGGCCUGCUUAGAUCGGUGCUCGUGUUCCUCGGCCUGCCGGCGCCGCCGCCGCUGCUGUCCGGGGAGGACGGCGAGAGCGACCACCACCACCAGCAGCAGCUCGCGGCGGGGCCCAGCCUGGCGGAGAGGUUCAGGAGCAGGUUCCGCCCGGCGCGCUUCGGCCGGAGGCGUGGCGGCGCCGCGGCGGCGGCGCCCGACUGCCGCGUCUGCCUGGUCCGGUUCGAGGCGGAGGCCGUGGUGAACCGCCUCCCCUGCGGUCACCUCUUCCACCGCGCCUGCCUCGAGACCUGGCUCGACUACGACCACGCCACGUGCCCGCUCUGCCGCUCCCGCCUCCUCCCGCCCGCCGCCGCCGACGACUCGCGGUCGCCGCCGGCCCCCGGCCUGGCCUGGAUUUAGACACAGAUUUCGCUCGUCGCCCCCGGCUAUGUGCUCGCUCCGUGUGGCCUUCCGUGUGCGCGUAGAAAUUUAGGUCUUAGCCUCUGUUCCUUUUCCUCUCCUCUUUCCCCCACCCCCCCCGGGCCAUUUCUCUUUUUAAUUUCGUUUCUGUACGCCUCAUGCCAUCGCUGUACCGUGUAAAUAUUUUUCAGCAGAGAGUGCUCCUACGGGUGUAGCGCUUUGUGAGCUUUGUGUACAGGCCUUUUUUCUCGAGAUGAAAAUGACUGAAAAAGUAUUCUAAACCCCAAAA